CCUGUGCUUGAAUAGAUAUAUUCACUUCUGACGCGUAAUAGAGCUUGAAAAGUAGGGUGUCUGUUAGGGGAAUCCCCGAAUGUUGGACUGAGGGCCUGUGCAGUGAGACGAGAGCUGAUCACCACAAUGAAAAGGUUUUGUGUGUGGUUUACGGAUUAGUAAAAGACCAAGGCCUCUGCACCAAUCAACAUGUGGUGAACUCCACUGUAUCGCAAUUUACGUACGAAAGCACUUCGAGUUAUCCGAGGUACGACACAAAACAAAUGAUGACUAAACAAGGAAUACACGCGGACUAAGCUUCCACUUCGAGAGAACCGUACAUUCGGCAUAUCAAAGUUCGACAUAACGGUCUUCUUGUCCAUGGUAAGAUCGAGGACGAUGUUUACUCUGGGAUCUUGGACCCUGCUUUUAGGUUUUCUGGUAGGAAUGGCGGACACUCGCUGGUGUGGUCCAAAUCGAGUGUCAAUAGGAAACCAUUUUGACUACUGUAUAGGUGUGAAGGAGUGUGUGAGAAGAGGAUUUCUGGUUUAUGGUAGAAGAUGUGUGCAUUCCUGUCCUAUUGGGACAUAUUACCAUCAAGGGACACAAACAUGCAACAAGCAGUGUCCAAGACAUACCAUUUUAAUUGGAACGGAAUGUUUGAAUGGAACAUACUGCAAGUCAAAGCAUAACCAGGUACUAUUUAACGGGACUUGUCUGGCAAUGUGUCCUUCCUCCAUGCCUUUCCAGAAGGAAGGGACUUGUUACAGAACAUGUCCAUCUAAUACAGUCGUUAAUGGAACGGAAUGCCUGUUUCUGGAGGAUUGUAAGAAGAACGGUUUCGUCAAUGGAAUUUCAUGUGUAGCUCAAUGCCCUCCAGAACACAAAUACACUCUGCAAGGUGUUUGUCAUCGUUCCUGUCCUCCCAGUGUCGCUGUAUCAGGCAAUGGGACAAGCUGUUUCACUAAGGAAUAUUGCACUGUUAAACUAAGAAGGGUAAUAUUCAAUAACUCCUGUGUCGCGGCCUGUCCUCAAGAAGCGCCUUACAGUGAUCACAGUACAUGUUUCAGUGAGUGUCCGACAGCAAAGUUCCUUCUUGGAGAUAAAUGCGUUUCUGCAGAAGAAUGUUGGCAAAGGAACAUGAGUUUGUAUCACAAUGCUUGCAUAGCUUACUGUCCGGUUGCUGCACCGUUCCUAGUUGACCACUACUGUCAUAGUAACUGUCCAGAAAACACAGUCUUCCUUAAUGGUUCAUGCAUCAAUGAGAGGGAUUGUUUAUCUCCAUCCGGUCGUUAUAUGGUAAUAUUCAAUGGGACAUGCGUCGAUAAGUGUCCACUAGAAGCACCAAUUAACAAUGAGGGAAGCUGUGUGAGCACGUGCCCAAACACAAGAGUCGUCAGUGAUAUGCAAUGUGUUGACAUUAGUGACUGUUUGGAAAGCAAUAACUAUAUUUCAAAUGGAACAUGUGUUUCAAAGUGUCCACAAACUUCGCCAUAUGUAUCACAUCGCCGGUGUUAUCAAUCAUGUCCAGAAGGAAGUGUCAUUAGUGAACCAGGAUCGAGACUAUGCAUUGGGGAACCACAGUGUACCAGUUUCAACAAGGUGUAUAACAACACAUGCUUAACAGCAUGUCCUCUACAAAGUCAAUACAUCUACUCCAGUCGCUGUUACUCAUUGUGCCCACUCAAAACUGUCAGCUUGCCAAGUAGGCUUUGCAUACCAGCAUUUGACUGCAAAGUUCAAAGGAAAUAUAUUCAAGAAACCGAGUGCCUUGAUACGUGUUCACCAACUUUUCCAUAUACAAUGGACAACACCUGCUAUUCCGUAUGCCCAUCCAACAGUUCCUUGUUUCCUGGGAACCGAUGUGUGACUGUUGCGAAUUGUCGUUUUGAAUCUAAUGCCGUCAUUUACAACGGGACAUGUUUACCGUCGUGUCCACGGAGUGUUCCAUAUAAACAUGAUGGUAAAUGCUUGUCGAAGUGCCCAGGGGGAUCUUUAACGAAAGGUCAUGACUGUAUUCAUCCUAAAUCAUGUCCACCAGAUGUCAUUUAUAACGGGACAUGUUUACCGUCGUGUCCACGGGGUGCUCCAUAUAAACAUGGUGGUAAAUGCGUGACAUCGUGCCCAGGAGGGAUGGUUAUUAAAGGCUUUACCUGUGAAAGUUACUGCUUGAACAAAUAUAUUUACAAUGGAAUAUGUAUUUCAUCCUGUCCAACGGAUGCACCAUACACUACUAUUCCUGAUCUUCACAGCCUAGGCUAUACAUGUCAUUCAGUGUGCCCAAAAGACUGGGUCUUGAAUGGUUCCAAUUGUGUCAUGGAAUUUACAUGUAAGUUCAGCGGCAGUUACUUUAUCUACAAUGGUAGUUGUGUCACAGAAUGUCCGCCCGGCGCAUCGACGUUCGUGCGAGGAGUAUGCUACGAUGAAAACAUAGACCAAUAUGCCAUCAAAAUGAUACCAGCUUUAAUCCUUGUGAUGCUUGUGUUAUUGUACUGUUUGGUCCAUAACCCUAAAAACUUGAAAGGGAAGGAUAUCACACCGAUGCGACCAGGAAAUCAAAAGUUACUGGACGCCGAGGAUGAAGAUAACUAUGCAGAUCUUCUGACUGAGCCAUCCCAGGACCAAGAAACCUUGCACGGACCUGAUCCAGGGGAGGCGUGUUCAGAAGUGUUAAUAGAGAUGGACGACGUACCCAAUGACAACCCUCCCAUGGCGGAAGGUGGCAUCAACGACGCCAUUGUUCAGCAUCACCGCGACCAAGAUGACGUCCCAUUGCUUCUAGAUGACAACUCUUUGAUUCAGCUGGAGGAAGUAGAUCAGCAUCACCUAAUAAACGAUGCUCUCUUAUUUGGUGAUGGAAACAACGGUUAGCCAGAAAGACCUGAUUCACUGCUGUCGUGUUUCGAUAUGAGUGAGUGAGUCAGUUUAGAUUUUCGUCGUUUUGGCAAUAUUCCAUCAAUAUCAGGGCGGGAGACACCAGAAAUGGUCUUCACACAUUGUACCCAUGUGGGGAAUCAAACCCGGGUCUCCGGCGUGACGAACUUUAACCACUAGGUUACCGCCAUGUUUGGAUACGAACUGGCACAGUAAAGUUUAUAAAAGCA